AUACCUGGCCUUCUCCGUGUCCCCAUUUGGGUCGCGGUCCCCCGCCCACCUCUGUCCCUCCGCUGUGCCAUGUGUUCCCCCAGACACCUCGUCUGUCCGGAGGGGCUCGACCUGUGCUCCGGGUCACCCAGCUUAGCGCCCCUACCCCGACUCAGUCCAGGGUCAAGGAAGGUGGGGAUUGCCUAUGCUAGACUUCCGGAUCGAGACUCCACUGUCUGGCGUGGAUAAGGAGCAGCAUCCAAGAAGGCAGUGUCUUUUCUUAAGGCGUACGAAGCCCCUCCCACAGCCCUCUCCCUCUCCAGAUCCGGCCUCUCCAGGGGUCCCGGGACCGAGUCCGCCGACCACCCCUGGGCGGGCACUUCGACGGCGACCUCUGCACUCCAGUGUGGUGGGGGCCCGAGGGCGAGGCGGGGGGCCGGCCGGCAAGUAUCGCGAGAGCCCUGCCCCGCCGCGCCCCGCAACCCCUCCUCCCGCAGCGCCCCUGCCGGUUGCGCGCGGGGCAAGCCGGACAGGACGAACCGGGGAAGGGUGACGCGGUGACCUCAGCGGCUCUGCCGCACCGGGAAGUCCCUCGGCCCGCCUCCUUCAGCCUGCGCCCGGAUGGCGCUGCCUCCCUCCCGGGCCGGGGCGGGGCGGGGCGAGCGGCGGGGCGGGGCCGGCAGGGGUUGCGGGAGGCGCGGGGAGCGGGGUCCGGCUCCGCCCGCCGCGCCCCGCGCUUCGUUGCCAUAAAGGGGGGCCGCGCGGCGUCCGGCGCGGGGCGGCGUCGAGGGGCGCUUGGGCAGGCGGGUGGAGAGGAGUUCGGGGUGGCAGGGGGCGCUGGCUCCCGCGGUGGCGCGCCGCUGUUUACUUUCGGGCGAGUUUUUCCGGCUCGCGGCAGGUGCCCGGCGGCUCGGCUCGUCGCGCGCGGGGAUGACGGCGGCGGCAUGGAGGUCCCGGGGCACGGCCGGCGCCUGCUGGGCCGCCUGAGGCAGCAACGAGAACUCGGCUUCUUGUGCGACUGCACCGUGCUGGUGGGCGACGCGCGCUUCCCCGCGCACCGCGCCGUGCUGGCGGCGUGCAGUGUCUACUUCCACCUCUUCUACCGGGACCGGCCCGCCAGCGGCCGCGACACGGUGCGGCUCAACGGCGACAUCGUUACGGCGCCUGCCUUCGGACGUCUUCUGGACUUCAUGUACGAGGGCCGCCUGGACCUGUGCAGCUUGCCCGUCGAGGACAUUCUGGCUGCCGCCAGCUACCUGCACAUGUAUGACAUCGUCAAGGUCUGCAAGGGCAGGCUCCGGGAGAAGGACCCGGCGCGGCCCCUGGGGGCCCCUGCUCCAGGGGCCAAGCCGUGGGCCCAGUCACCGUGCCCCCUGCCAGCGUGGACUCCGGACCUCUGCAAUGCUACUCAGACAGCGAAGAUCCCCGCAGCGGGAAUCAAGACUGUGCUCUGUCUGCCAACAUCCAGGUCUGCCCCUCGGCAGGCCCCACGAGAGUCGGACCGAGCCCUGGACCUGUCGCUGAAGCCCAGCCCGAGGUCGGAGCCGGUCCAGACACCCUUCUUCAGCAGCAGGAGGCAGCCAGGCGCUCGGCCUCUGGUAAAGGAUGAGCAGGUCUUGCCCUGGGAACCGAAGGAGAACCCCCGCAGCACCCUGCAGCCGCCCUGUGCCCCUACAGCCCAGCGCCUGCCCCUGCCCCUGGACUUGGAGCUGCUGCCCUGCCGCGGGGCGGCCCGCCAGAAGCUGGAGCUGGGUUCUAAGCUGGUGGGGGGCAACUCCGAGGAGCUGGAUCACCGAGAGCGCCUCUGCAUCUGCCCACUGUGCUGCAAGCUGUUCCCCAGCACCCACGCUCUGCAGCAGCACCUCAGCGCUCACUUCCACGAGCGGGACCGCACCCGGGCCAGGCUCUCACCAGACAGCGCCGUGCCCACCUGCCCGCUCUGCAGCAAGACCUUCUCUUGCACCUACACGCUAAAGCGGCACGAGCGGACACACUCGGGGGAGAAGCCCUACACAUGCCUGCAGUGCGGCAAGAGCUUCCAGUACUCGCACAACCUGAGCCGGCACGCUGUGGUGCACACUCGGGAGAAGCCACAUGCCUGCCGCUGGUGUGAGCGUCGCUUCACACAGUCGGGGGACCUGUACCGCCACGUGCGCAAGUUCCACUGCAGCGCCGUCAAGUCCCUGCUAGGGUGACAGACCCUUAGGCUGGGUGGGACCAGGGAUGGAGGUAACCAAGUUUGGAGACAUGGGCCUCAGGGGUCCACCUGGUAUAGAAAGGUGCUGUUCCCCAUCUCCCAGCCAGGUUCUGGGACAGAACUUGGGCUUGGAUUUCUCAGUGUGGGUGACACAAAUGUCCUGUGUCCAGGGACUUUCUGACCACUGCGCAGGGUGCCUCUUGAGCCUGGUUCCUUGUAGGCAGUGGCUCACAUGUCUGAAGUCAUUGGCAGGGCACCUGGAAGAAACAGGCCGCCUGGUGGGUGGCAGCAGGAGGCCCUGCUGGAAAGACCUGGGCAUCACAAAUGCCUGCUGAAGCCACCAGCGCACAGCUGGUAUCAUGAGCUGCAUCCCUGGUGGGGACCCCGAGGCAACAAGAGAGUCAGUGUCCCUGGGGUGGGACUUCAAGAGCUUGUGACUCUCCCCUCACUGUAACUCUGGGCGUAGAAACUGGGAAUUUGGAAAUGAAUUAUCUUUGGAUCCAGCAAAAUGCUUUCUGAGGCCUCCAAGUGACUGCCUGUUGGCAGUGGGCCAAGUGCCAGGCCAGGGAGUUGACCCCAGGGUCUCUCCUGCCUGUGGGAGGUCUCGGGGGCCUCAGGCAUUUUUGCAGCAGGAGCAUGGGGUUACCAGGAGUGAUGUCUUCAGGGAUUCCCCUGUCCCGUGGGGCAGGGGUGGGCACUACCGUCACAUGGGGAGGGAACCUGGCAUCCCCUAGACCGGAGCCACAGCAGCCCAUUUAGUUCACAACCACUGGCGUCAGAAUGGACAUGCCUGCUGCAUUUGGAGUCCCUUGGGCCACCCUCAUCAUCAGUCAUGCCACUGGGACCUUAACAGUUGUAAGCAUGGGUUAGGUGGAGUGAGGGUGCCCUGACCUGUAGGGGCACAGCAAGUAGCAGAGCUGCCCGGACACCUGCUGUUUCUGCUGUGGUUGGAUAAGGCACUGGGACAAAGUCUGGCUGAGUCUCAAUCAUCGUCUGCUUUUAACACUUGAUGUUGUAUUCAUUUGUCUGUUGGACUCAGAAUGGAAUGACCUUAUCAGUGAGGGGACAGACCACAGUCCACUUUCUUGUGGUGCCUGUGCUCUCCUGGUGUCUGUGCAGCUAACCUAGAACCCCAACCACUGUAGUCCUGGAGAACUGAGGUGAGGGGACACUUCCUUCUGGCAGUCCUGGCUCCUGAGCCCACCGCACAGGGCCCAACACAAGUUCUGUGCUCUAGGUUUGCAUGUAUGUUCGGCACCCAGCAGGGCUGAUGGAGCCCGCAGCCAGCAGGAGAGCAGCUGCCACUAACAGGGAUGCAGGCUGUGUCGCUGGCCUCCCUGAGCGCUUUCCUGUGGCAGGGGCGCCCGCCCUGAGUAAUCAACAUUAGGUUUGUUGUCUUUGUGCGCAGUUACUGUGACGUGAAUGUGAAGAGAACGAUCAGUUUCAAUUUUAUAGCUGAUGGUUCAGAUAAAAUAUGCACACAUACACAUGCA